CACGAAGCUCGAACGCACACCCCCCUCGGCCAUAUUGAUCCCGUGAGGACGAGCGACGCAGAGGCCGAGGUUUUUCACGAUUUUCUGCCAAUUUCGGGGAUGAAUUGGGAAAAUGAGCGAUGAAGAGAGGGAUAUCGACAUUGAGAGUGAUGAUGAUGAGUCACUGCAGGGGGGCACGCGCGGGGAGUUCCAGUUUGCAUCGCAGGCGGAGAAGAGGGCGCACCACAAUGCCCUUGAGAGGAAACGCCGUGAUCACAUCAAGGAUUCCUUUUGUUCCUUGAGAGAUUCUGUGCCUUCUCUGCAUGGAGAGAAGUCUUCGCAGGCCAGCCGUGCACAAAUAUUGAAGAAAGCUGCCGAUUACAUUGAGUUCAUGAGGCAGAAGAACUCUGCUCACCAGCAGGACAUUGACGAUCUGAAGAAGCAGAACACUCUUCUUGAAAACCAGAUUCGAUCUUUUCCAGUCCGUUCUCUAGAGAAGACCAAGUAUACUGGCAACUUCGCAGCUAUGACCAGUAACAACGCUCUUCUCAACAACAAAGCGGGUUCUCUUGUGGAGUUUGACGGCUCUGGGUCGGACACCAGUGACUCGGAGAUGUCGAACAGCGUCCGUCGAAAGAAGCUGAAGACGUAGCUAAAGCAGCGGGUGGGAAGCCUGUACAAUGCUAGUUGAUAUCUGAGAGAAAGCAAGAGCAUCGAAGAAAAAGAGGAAGAAGAUGGAGAAAGAGAGAGAGAGAGAGAGAGAGAGAGAGAUAGCGUAAAAUGACAGUUAUAACUUUUCUUUUUGUUCCGUCUAAUGCAACAACAGGAAAAUGUCAGUCCAUAGAGCAGAGCAGUGAUGGAGUUUUAUGUAGGGGUACAAAGCAUAAUAGUUCCAUGGUUUCAGUUUCUUAGAAGAUGGCUUUUGGGGGUAACCAAAGCCUCAAACAAAUUUGCAAAAAGGUCAUAUUUCAGAGCUUAACGUUUCCCCACCCUCUUUCUGUUUUUUUUGUUUUUUUUCUAAUUUUACCACUUUCAUACAUUAGGUCUUGGCUUUAGAUGUUGGUGCGUCUUGUACUGGUGCACAUGUUUCUUAGUUUUUAUGAUUACAAAGGUUUAUUUUAUUGUUACUGUUAUUAUUAUUAUUAUUUUUUUUUUAUCAACUUAUCUUAUAUAUUGAUUUUACAUAUAUAUUUUCUUUAAACACUCUUGUCUAGCUAUGUGCAUUGGAGGUGCAUGAUGCAGUAUGAUUAUAUUUCUGAUGUUAUACAUGGCUAGGUGGUUACCUCCAAUAUUUCAGCACAUUUUUAGCAUCCCAAGUCAAGAUUUUAAAGAUAAUGAAGGUUUCCUUUUUCUGUAACUGUCAGUAAUGAUAAAAAUACUAAUCCCCAGAUGUAAAUGUUAAACAUUUACAGUGCUGGAGAAAAAAAAAAAGCUGUUAAUAUAUUGCAAGAAUUCAUUCAUUUCAGAUGUACAUUUUUUUCUUUUUUUUUCAUUUGUAUUUUUAGGCUUGAAAUGUAACAGUUCAAAGUAUGACUGACUGGGUGUACUGCCGAAGAAAGUAGGAGAGAAAUUUUCUCAUGUAGUGGUAGCAAUUUGGGUCUGUUGGUUAUAAGAGUUUAAGUGUAAAUGAUGGAGAAGUGUGUGAAUUAUUUUUUCUUUUGUAUUUUUUAUUUCCUUAAUGUUUAUUAUUAUUGUCAUUAUUAUAAUUGUUUAAAAACUUUAUUCUUCAAAUUCCACACAUUUCCAGAAGAUUCUAUAUUUAUGUACAGUAUUAAAACUUAAAAAAAAUAAAGAUAUUGAUGUUCAGACAUAGUGUAUAUUAUAAAAUUUCCUGGGGAUAUGGUGACAUCCAUGUAUUAAUUGAAAGAAAAGAAAUUGCAGUUAUGAUGCUAUAUUGAAUCAAUAUGAUGUUAAGAUACAGAAGAUUGAGGCUAAUUUACUCUGAUUGUGAUGUGUUUUCUAGUGCCAUAGUGAUCCACGUGCCAUGCUCCGCAUACAAAAAAACUAGAAGCACAGGAAAUGCUCAAGUCACUUGGUCUCUAUGAUUUUGGUAACAUCCUACAUGAUCUUUCAGCUAAUGAGCUAAAAAGAUAUUUUAAGACUAUCUUGAGGGACUUCUACCUCCUCAAUCACUGUGGUUUGGACCAAAGAAGUGAACAAAUGCACACAGCAUAGAGCAGGCUCAACCAUACAUGGCAAAGGCACUAACUAUGUGACAAAUGGGCCCUGUUUUCCAUGGCAAAAAUAGAUGCCAUUUUGCAAUAAUGAGUUAAUUUCUCUCCUUUACUGCAGAUUGUCAUUUUUUAACGUGCAUCAGCAUUUAGUCCCGGUUUACAGUGUGUAUAUAUAAAGGAAAAAGGUGUCCAAUUUUUGUAAAGAACUUUUACACAACUUGUUUUCCUUCUUUAAAUGCUUCAGAACAGGCUUGAAUAUCUGUUCAUAUAAAUGUGUUCAUGUUCAUAUAAAUGUGUUCAGAGAUGACACUAAUAAGACAUUCCAGAUUCCUUGUCUUAAAGACACUUAACAUCUUACUGAAGGACAAACAUUAAGUAUAUUAUCUCGACUUUAGGCUGCAGCCACUAAACAAUCUUCCAGAAUGACUUACUGCCAUUAAUAGCUACAUAUGAUUUUAUAUGUAAUUAGUAACCAUGUUUUCUCUCUGGUAAUCUAAGUAUCAAGGUAUAAAAGGUCAAAAUUUUUGGUUCAAAAAGGAACAAGAGAAGUCUUACGACAUUUUUAUAGGGAAAGUACUUUUUGAAGAAUAACUAAUGUGUAGAUGAAAAGAAACAAGCAGGAAUUCAACAGAGCCAAUAUUAUAUAUUUAUAAAAAGGAUUAGGGUUACUUGUUCUGAUAGUAUGUAGGUAUUGAGGGGAAGAAAUGUGGGAAAUACAUGGACAUACCAUUAUGAAGCAAGUGUGCAGUUAUAUACUGAAGAUAUGAUGACAAUAUCCCCAUGGUAUAUCCUUGAUGAUUACAAUAGUUUCUAUGUCUUUUCCAUUUUUGUAAACUUAGUUUGAAAAAUAUGGGAAAAGUUUUAAUAUUUAAUUGCAUGGAGGAAAAAAGGAGAAACAAGAAUAUAUAAGAACAUCACUAGAAAAAAAGCAGCAUAGAGAAAAAAGUGGUCUUAAAUUGAAACACCAGUGAAAUAAUUUAAUCAACUCAGUGCUGCCAGGAAAAUGCUGUGCUCAUUUUUUUUUUUUUUUUUUUUUUGUGAAAUGUCUCGGCACAUAGAUGGCUCUAUUAGUACUUAGCCACAAAGGAGUCAAUUAGUAGACGUUGUGACCUUACCUGAUUUCCUAGGAUUGGCAGAAUAUCUAUGGUGUUGUUUUUAUCAAAGACAUUAUAAUUACUAUAAUGUUGUAAUCAUUAGUAACAGCAAUAUACGAUAACAAAAUAAUUUAAAAAAUCAAGGAAAAGGGUAAACAGGCAAGACAAGCAGUACUCAUAAUUUGCUCAUUGGUGACUUAGUACAAGUGUAGCCAUCUAUGUGUAAAAACAAUUAAUUAAGUAAACUCACGGUGGACAUGUCAUGUACGUACAUGCCAGGCCCCUUGGAUUUGGGUUAAUGAUACAGGUAGAUGAAAGGAAAUCUGAGCCAAGGUGAUGGUGCGAUGUGAAGACUUCUUUUUCUUGUUAGCUUGGAUUUUUUUUUCUCUUUGUUAAAUGAAUGUUAUUUUCCUAUUUCCUUGUAUGUAAUAAACUUCUGUUCAGAA